GAGAGAUGGGAGGCAACCGGGCUCAGAUCCACUUCUCGAGUGAAGAUGCGCCUCAGAAAUUGACGACGCGCGCCACAGGAGCCGCUCCAUCGUGGAGUGAACUCGCGCUGGGUGUGGGAGGAAAAAGAAGAGGAGUGAUGGGGACUAAUUUGUAUGACCUUUUGGUGGGAUUUCACCAGUGAUAUUUGCGCAUUUUGCGAUUUCAGGCGCACGACUAGAAAUCAAGUUCAUGGACUAACUGGAAAACACUCAUUCCUUUCUGCGCUUUUAUUAGCGUGAUCGUGUAAAUAGUAUAAUGUUUCAGCUUUGUUUAGUUUUUCUUAAGUGUUGAGCUACCAAAAGAGUCUGCAACAAGGGCGCACGGAGAUAAUGUCACCAUCACUUCAAUUUUUUUGGUCUGAGAGUUGACUACCAGUACAUAUUUAAUCAACUAAGUUAAAUAUUUUAUGAGCUGGAGAAGUUUUACUUGCACGGGAGGGAGAAACGGUACGAUGUGUGGGGGAGACAAUCGGGAUUUUAUGGGUUCGGGGCUUUUUUAAUUAAAAGGCGUUGAUCCGUGUCCUGACGCAACAAGACCCACGCACGUUUUGUGAUCUCACAAUGGACUCGGAAGCCCCGUCGUGGAGGAUGCGAGGGAGCUAACAUUUGGAGAUAAACAAGAGACGACAACAACAGAGAGACUCCAGGAGAAGAGACCGAAGGAUGGCCUCUGCUCCGGAGGGCGGCUGCUCCCUGGAGCUUAGCAACUGGAACGCAAGCGGUGCCUCCAUCCCCUGCAACCAGAGCGUCCUGAAACUGGCACCGUACUCGCCCGAAGCCACGGCGGCCUUUGCCACCGCCAUAACCCUGAUGGUGGUCUUCACCAUUGUGGGGAACAUCAUGGUGAUCAUCGCCGUGCUGACCAGCCACUCCCUGCGAGGGCCGCAGAACCUUUUCCUCGUGUCACUGGCCGCGGCUGACAUCUUGGUGGCCACGCUCAUUAUCCCCUUCUCUCUGGCCAAUGAACUUCUGGGCUACUGGUACUUCAAGUCCCUGUGGUGUGAGAUCUACUUGGCCCUGGAUGUGCUCUUCUGCACCUCCUCCAUUGUGCACCUGUGCGCUAUCUCUCUGGACCGCUACCUGUCCAUUUCCAGAGUCACCUACGGUCGCCAGCGGACUCCAAAACGCAUCAAAGCUGCCAUCGUGGUUGUGUGGCUCAUUUCCUCCAUCAUCUCUUUCCCUCCGCUGCUGUCCCUCAACAAGACCGAGGUGGGCGACCUCACGAGUGAGAGGGGACCUCAGUGCGAGCUCAACGACGAGAAAUGGUACAUUCUUUACUCCACCAUCGGCUCCUUCUUCGCCCCAUGCCUCAUCAUGAUCCUGGUUUAUGUAAGAAUCUACCAAAUCGCCAAGCAGAGAACACGGUGCCCCCCGGGGGAGCCCCGUAAGGACGGAGUCGGCGCCGCCAUGCCGAGUCAGCCCAAGCAGCAACUCCAAGCCAACGGUAGGGAUGAUGGUGAAAAAACAUCUUCCCCCAAGAAAACAUCCAACGCCAGACCCCCCACCCUCGCCAUUACCCCGUCUCCUUCAGGGGGGCAGGAGGAACCAAAUCAGGAUCCCAACCCCAAUAAUCUGCAACCUCCACCUCCAACUCCAGCUCUGAGCCCAGUCACCAGCUCCGUAGACACCUCUGUGCAUGCGGCCCCUGCCGUCCCUUCUGCGCCGCAACUGGCCCCAACCAAGCUUAAAGCGGGAGGAAACAAGUUCAAGCGGCAAACGAAAACCAAAUCGGACAACAACAACGGUGACAGCUCCAGCACGGACAGCGAGGCCAGCAACGGAGGGCGCCGCGGCAGCGCCAGUAUGCCGGGGUCCCCCGCAGGAGUGAGCAUCCACUCCGCGGGUUCCAUCAAGCGCUACAGGAACAUGAUCACCACUUCAAAGGGGUCGCGGCUGGUGCCGGGGAGGAAGUCCAAAAUCGAUAACAACCCCGGGGCGGCUCGGCGCAAAGCGAUGGUCAACCGAGAGAAACGCUUCACCUUUGUCCUGGCCGUGGUCAUCGGCGUCUUCGUGGUGUGCUGGUUCCCGUUUUUCUUCUCCUACUCUCUCAAGGCGGUAUGCCCCAUAACAUGCGCCAUCCCCGACCCACUCUUUAAGUUCUUCUUCUGGAUUGGUUACUGCAACUCUUGUCUCAACCCGGUCAUCUACACCAUCUUCAACAAAGACUUCAGGAAGGCUUUCAAAAAGAUUCUCUGCCAAAGUACCAAGGGUACUUUCUUUUAGCCCACAAAGUCUACGACUUGGCAACCAUAUUUGGAAACAAAUGAAGCAGAUAACACAGACAUCUUUCAAAGGGCUGUAUUAUUAAUUUUAUGAGCCAUGGACGUAAAAAUUCCAAAUUUCUUCAACACAGCCAUUACUUAGCAUUUUGGACUAUGACAUCUUGAUUUGGAGACAAUGGAGGUCUUUGACAGGAUAGGUAAAGUCCAGACAUGACUGUAGAUGACACAGAUAAUAUUGUGGACCAAAGCAAAACAAAUUUACCAAUUGACCACAUUACACUGACUGAAUGCUGGGAACACAGGGGCAAAAAUCAUGGCGGACACGCCAGAUAAGGACGGCUGGGCUGGUCCACACACCAGGCAUACAGUAUGUGAAAUGUGUGUAGGUGUGCAUAUAUAUAUAUAUAUAUAUAUAUAUUAUAUAUAUAUAUAUAUAAAUCUCUCUCUCUCACUCUCUACUAACUGUGAGGCAGGCAGGCUAUUGAGGAAGGUAAACUGGUAAGCAUGAAGAGGACUGACCUUAGAUUCAAUCAAGCCUGGGGCCCUUUUGUUUGUCAGCACAGAGCACAAGGAACACACAAGGUUAACGGCGAUUUCUUGCAGUCUUAAUCUGUCCGGCUGCAGGGCAAACAUGUGUUCCCUGAUUCCUAUCCAAAAGAGCAACAACAAGAGGCAUCGGAAGAUCGAAAAUGCGUAGAUGGGUCCUUUUCAAAUUAAAGGAACAGCAAGACGGUGGCUGGAUACAUGUCAGAUGCCUUGGCUCUCAGCUGCCUGCGGGUCAUUGUGGACACUCAGGUUGUGUGUGUGUGUGUGUGUGUGUGUGUGUGUAUGUGUGUGUCUUUUGUCUUUAAUUCAAUUUUUGCAUUUUCACGAGAGUCACGAGAGAAAUAUAUACCACUAAAGCAAUGAGCUUAUCUGCUUUUCAUGGACCAAGUGGAGCAAUCUUGUUAACAAAUAAGCCUCUCUAACGAGGUUAUUCACACCAUGACAUGGGAGGUUCAUACGCUGAUUUAUGUGCAUUUCUUUUCAGCUUCUGCAGGCCAUCAGUGAUAAGUGAACGGGUACACACUGGAACAAAUGAUUAAGAGGACAGACACACAAUGAACUGAGGUACAUCACCCCACAACUAAGACUACUUGGGUGAUUCGAAACCCCGUUUGCCUGAGUCACUCAUUUCACCUGCUGUGAAGCGGUAAAUACUUUUGUUUUCGUGAGGCCGCACGUUACCCCACGCUCGCUCUCAUUUUUUUAUGAAGAGGAGGUUUCGCUGUUUCUUUGACAAAAUACAUGUGUUUUAUAGAGCACGCUGGCUUAUUGACUCAAUGGGACAAGGGCUGUCAGCGAGACGUUGUCGAAUUCCGCUGACCUGUGUGUGUGUGUGUGUGUGUGUGUCUAAGUGUUUUCUCUCCUGAUCUACAAUUGUGAAGCAUAGAGACACUGUGCUUGUCAUGUGACUCCUUCUUCUGUAUUUGUGAAUAUCAGACGAAGGUCAGACUAUUGAGAGAGAUAUUUUAAAGUGUGCGUUUGAUUGCAUAUUGACAUGGCAUCUUCCCUCUGACCACCCCGAAGGGAUUUCAGUCUGUCACAGUGAUAUAUGGCUCCCAUGUUUUUUACCUAAGUCAUAUUUUCAGUGUGCGUGUGUGUGUGUGUGUUUGUGGGUGUGUGUGUCUUUGUGUGUGAUGGGAGGUAACGAUAUAAGACUGUACUAUUUAUUUCAAACUACUGGGUCUUUUUUCUCUAUUUAUUGUUCCAUUGAAGUGCUUUUGUUCUGAGGAUCAAACAAUAUCAUAUGGCUCAGAGGGUAAAAAUAUUGUAUUACUUCUCAACACGAGCCUUAUCGAUUUCAAACAUUAAACUGUGGCUUUUGUGUGAUGGUGUCAGAGUACAUGUAAAAACUAUGGACCGCCACAUGCAUAAAAUGCCCCAUUCAUGAGCAUCUAUGUUCAUUUUUAAUAGAGAUAAGCACAUUUGUCCGAAAUAGGUGCAAAAAAA